UUCAAUUGUUAUUUUACGCGUAGUAUAUUCUUUUGAAAAGGAAUGCCAUAAAGUUCUGAAAUCUGGCAACUUCCGAAGAACCCGUCAGACUUAAGGUCAUGAAACCUGGUUACAAGAUUGGAAAGUGCACAUGAAAAUCCGAUGAAAACGAGCCACUGAAAAUCCUUUUUUCUUGAUCUUCUUGAUGCUCAAAAAUGAAAAAUUCAUCUUUGCAUUGCGACUACGUACAUACAGUACUAUUUGCGUGUACUGUACUUAUUUGUCCAGCGAAAAAGUGUAUUUUCUACACCAGUAGCUCACAAAACGAUUUUACUUGUAUUUUUGUCUCUACUAAUAACCUAACAUGUUGAUGCGUCUUCUUCUUGCUGGAUCCCUCUUUAUGGGCGUUGCUGAAUCACAGUACACAUGUCAGUUCUCCGAGGAAAUCUCCAUCCACAAGGGUGGGACAACCUUUCUAUCAAACUACGUUAACGAAGACGAAGGGACCUUCACCAUGCGCCUUCGCUACACUGGUGGACAGGCCUGGGUCGGCAUCGGGGUCAACACCGAGGGCAAGGGCGACAUGAUGCCGGCACACGCCGUGAUUGGAGACGUCAGCCGUGGAGUCAAGCGUUACAGUCUAAUUAACGACGACAAGAAGGCCAGUGGAGUGAUUCCACUGGAGGAUGUCAACGCUCACCUCAAAGCAGGGAAAUUCCACCAGACCGACAGCGAGUCCAUCCUAGAAUUCACCCAGGACCUCGUUGUACGGGAACCAGGCAGCAGCGUCGUCUACCACGAGAUUUCGUUGUCCUCCGUGUGGAUCUUCGCCAUCGGACUGCCCGGUAACGCAUGGGAAGGAAAGCACAAGGUCCACGGUGCCUUCGAUGGUUUGGAGCUUUUCAAGGGCUGUGUCAAGGACACCGAUCCACCGACUCUCCCUCCAACCGAUAUGCCCGCCAAUAUUCCUACUAAUAUGCCAACACUUCCUCCCACGGAAAAGCUCACCUUUGAAGCAAACGGCGUCGACUAUGCCAUCAAUCAAGAAGACCCCUACGGGGACGAAGCCUACACGUUUGAUGGCUACAACGAGACCUUCAGAAACGAGACCUUCAGAAACGAGACCUUCGCAAAGAUUUCAUUCAUCGAAAGCUCAUCGGAGGCUACCAGAGGAUUGUGGGUCGCCCACGGUAUCCUUAUGGGAUUGGCAUGGGGCAUUCUUGCUCCCCUUGCCAUCGGCGCCGCCUACUUGAAGAAGAACUUGUCUGUUCUCAGUCAAGACGCCCACUGGCUCAAGGUUCACUUUUACCUCGGUGUUCUUGUGGCGUUGUUCACCUUCAUCGGUUUCAUUCUGGCCAUCGUCGCGACCAAGAAAGACGACGACCUCCCCCAUUUCAAGGAGGACAUUCACCACGAACUCGGUCUCGCCAUCUUUAUCUUGGUUCUCUUUCAAGGACUCGCUGGCUACAUUCGACCCAGCCCCGUACCCGCUGCUCCGAAGAGCACGGACGACGCGGAAGAAUCCAGUCAAGUCGCUGGCAAGAAGGCGUUGUACACUCGAAGAGUCUGGGAGUACACACAUCGCAUGUUGGGAAUUGUUCUUUUGGGCAUUUCUUGGUGGAACUGCCAGUCCGGCAUCGUUUUGCAAGCCGAGAAGUACGACCAAGACGACGAGCAAUUCAUGCUCAAGGUCUUUUGGGGACUCAGUGGAGCUAUUGCUGGAAGCAUAUUUUUCGUGGGAUAUGUUUUGAGAUUGUCAACUGAUUAAUACUGCUUCGGUCCCAUCUCGUAAUUAAAUUUAUAUGGACCUUAAUGAAUAUAACUAAACUAG